AUGGGCUUUGCCGUCCCGACUCCCGCCUCCGAGUCCGGCCUUGACAUUCGGAGUCCCUGCCCUGGCUCCGACUGGUCGCGCCUUAUCGCGGCAUCCCGCACGGUCAAGCAACCUCCCUUCCGCAAUGGUAUCCCCUUGCUGGCGGACAUGCGCACAUCAACGACGUUUUGCGCCGAUUCUGAUGGAGUUUCAAGGUCCACGCCGCCGGCAGGCAUACGUCCCUGCCCUACUCGGAACACUACCAGGACAGUGUUGGACCACUGUCUUGCGCGGGGAAACCUUGACCGCGUCCGUGCGCUUUUGAUGGCACUCCGGAGGGUCUGCGCUGCCGGCAGGCAAACGUCCCCGCCCUACUUGCAACGCAGCCGGGACAGUGUGGGACCACUGUCUUUCGCGGGACGUGUUCGGGGGGUGACGGAAACUUUGCGCCGACCUGUUGCUGGAGAGCCCCCUGGCGGUUUUGAUGGCACUUUGGUGGAGCCGCCGGAGGCCUGCGAACCGCUGGACUAUCAACGCGCCCCGACAGUGUUGCCCACUGUCGCUGACUGGGGAAAUGGGGUGGUGGGGUCUGGUGAUGGGACGGCGCACGUCCUGAGUCGAGGCGGAGGCGGAGGACGCACACACACGCACGCACGCACGUCGCGUCGUGUAUACGCUCCACUCAAUCGAAGCCUUGCUCGGUUGACCAAGCCAGCUUUGCUCUCCCCUCAUCUUCCUCCUUUCCGCCUUGCUUCCGCCUCCUGCCCAGUCACUCCUUCAUCUCGCCCACCAAUCAACUCCGUCCUUGUUACCUUCACCCUUGUCUCUUCUGUUCUCACCCAUGGCUGGAUCGGUUCUGUUAGCGUUAACGUGGGCGGCGCCAAGAAGCUCUUCAAAGGCAACGAGCCCACCGAGGAGCUGCCCAACGCUGCCUCCAGUGCCAUCCGCCAACAACCUCCCUUGGCCACCGUCGCUGCCGGUAGCAAGCUCGAUGUGUUCUGGCAGACGCUCACGGGCUCCGGCUUCUGGUUCCAUGAUGUUGGUCCCAUGAUGGCCUAUAUGGCGGACUGUGGCGGCAAUUGUGCUCAAUUUGACGCCAGCAAGGCCAAGUGGUUCAAAAUACAAGAACAGGGCAUGGAUGCGAGCGGUAAAUGGGCUCAGGCAAACCUUGACAAUGGCUCUCCAGCGACCGUAACCAUUCCGGCGAACCUCAAGGCGGGCAAUUAUCUCCUCCGACACGAAAUCAUCGCCCUCCACACUGCGCAGUCUCAAGGCGGUGCAGAGUUUUACCCUGGCUGUGUGCAGCUCAGUGUCACUGGCGCAGGCAAGGGUGUGCCAAGCGACAGCGAGACCGUCAAGCUUCCUGGCGCAUACAAACCGACUGACGCUGGGAUUCUCAUUGACGUCUAUAACAUGAAGGGCGCCUACAAAUUUCCAGGCCCAGCCGUGGCCUCUUUCAUUGGUGGUGGAUCUCCGGCCCCAGCACAGGGUGGCUCUGAUGAUAACACUACCGAGAAGCCGUCCUCCCCCGCCACCACAAAGAAGAGCACUUCCCCUCCUGCAAGCUCUACCACCAAGAAAGCUUCGUCUCCGGCUUCCUCUACCACGAGUGUCGCAUCCGCGGUACCGACGAAAUCUGGCUCAGCUUCCUGUCGGGCGAAACGUUCCCACCACCGCCGUCAAGAGGUUGUCGAUGUCCGCGAGGAAGUCCGUCGUUCCCGGGUUCGCCACAUGCAUCGGGCUGGCGUUGCCCGUUCCUUCUGA